AUGGCGGCUGCAUCAGCCACCCGCCGCGGCCUCUCCGCGCUCCUCCUCUCCUCCUCCCGCGCGCUCCCCCGCCGCCUGGCCCCCCUCGCCGCCGCGGCUGCUUCAGCCCACAUCGCCCCGUGGCCGUGGGCCCUUCUCGCGUCGCGCGGAGCCAGGACCGCGUCGUCCGGGUACUCGCCGCUGAACGACCCGUCCCCGAACUGGAGCAACCGCCCGCCCAAGGAGACGAUCCUUCUCGACGGCUGUGACUACGAGCACUGGCUCAUCGUCAUGGAGUUCCCCACCGACCCCAAGCCCUCCGAGGAGGAGAUGGUCGCGGCCUACGUCAAGACCCUCGCGGCCGUCCUCGGAAGUGAGGAGGAAGCAAAGAAGAAAAUCUACUCAGUGUGCACUUCAACAUACACAGGGUUUGGUGCAUUGAUUUCAGAGGAGUUAUCGUACAAAGUUAAAGGAUUGCCGGGAGUCCUUUGGGUUUUACCUGAUUCAUAUCUGGAUGUUCCUAACAAGGACUACGGAGGCGAUCUGUUCGUAGAUGGCAAAGUCAUACACAGACCUCAGUUCCGAUUCAAUGAGAGACAGCAGGUAAGGAGUAAGCCUCGUCCUCGCUACGACAGACGCCGUGAGGUUGUCCAAGUGGAGCGGAGGGAGACAAUGCAAAGAGGCCCUUCGACGCAGCAGCAGAGGCCGCCAUUUCCACAGCAGGCUACACAGAAUCAAGAGCAGAGCCAGGAGUAG